GCAGAAGAAUCAUGGGGAGAAUGUAUAAGAGUUAGCAAUCCACAUGAAAUUUUAAAAUUAUUUUUCAGGAUUAAAAAAAAACAGGAAAAAGGCAAAAGCAUGCAACUCCUGAGGGCAAUAGGAUUCUUCCGUGGAAACAUUUUAAUAUUUAGUGCCACAAUAGGGGCAGGAAUCUUUGUGUCUCCUAAAGGGGUAUUAAAAUAUUCCUCACUGAAUGUAGCUGUCUCCCUGAGUAUUUGGGCUGCUUGUGCUGUGCUGACUUUGAUCUCCGCUCUCAGUCACGCAGAGCUGGGGACAACAUUCCCUAGAAGUGGAGCACAGUAUUAUUUCCUCAAAAGAUCUCUUGGAUCCUCUGUUGCUUUCCUCAGUCUUUGGAUCAAACUUUUUACUCAUCCCUUAAGACUAGCUACUGAAACCUUGUUAUUAUCUACCUAUACAAUUCAGCCUUUCUAUGCUGGGUGCCCAGCUCCAGAGCUACCAAAGAAGUGUCUAGCUAUGGCUAUUCUGUGGUCUUUGGGACUUCUAAAUACUCGAGGGGUGCAAACAGUGGCUUGGUUUCAAACUAUCAGUACUGUGGCAAAGAUGACUGUCCUCUGCUUCAUUUCCCUUACUGGGAUUGUGCUGUUAGGGAUUGGGAAAAAAGAGAACGUGGCCAGGUUUGAGAACGCAUUCGACGCUGAACUUCCUAAAGUCUCACAGAUUGCAGAAGCCUUCCUACAAGGAUUGUUUGCAUAUUCUGGCACGUCAAUCCUGAACAGCAUAGCAGGAGAGAUAAAAAAUCCUGGUGAAAAUAUUCCCAAAUCUCUGAUUACUGUCCUUCCCAUGGUGGCUGUGAUUUACUUACUGGCUAAUGUAUCCUACCUGGCAGUUUUGACUCCCAGGGAAAUCAUCUCUGCAGAUGCUGUUGCUGUCACCUGGACGGACAAAAUAAUCCCUUCCAUGCAAUGGGUCAUUUCUUUUGGAAUUUCAACUUCAAUAUUUAGCAGCAUGUGUUGUACAGUGCUUUCGGCAUCAAGGAUGAUCUACACAGCAAGCCAAGAAGGACAACUGCCUUUGAUCUUCUCGAUGCUCAAUAACCACUCAUGUCCAACCAUGGCUGUCAGCCAGAUAAUCAUCUUAACUUCAGUUGUUAUUAUAACCUCAGAUUUGAUCAAUUUAAUAAAAUAUUCAGGAUUAGCAAUAUGGUUUUUAAGAGGGUUACAUAUGAUAGGUUUACUUAAACUAAGGUACCAGGAGCCCAAUCUACCUAGACCUUACAAGGUGCCUUUGCCAUUUAUAUUUGGAUGCAUAGCUAUAUCUUUGUUUCUGAUUUUGACGCCAUUGAUUCAGGCUCCUAAAAUAGAGCAUGUCUAUGGGCUUAUCUUUAUGUUCAGUGGACUCCUGUGUUACUGGAUUCAUGUUCACCUUAAUCAACAUUCUCUCUGUUUUGUCAAAAUCACUUGUUAUUUACAAUUACUGUUUAAUGUUUCACCACCUGAAGACCAUGAUGAAGGUACUUCAACAAGAAAAAAAGACCUUAAAGAAAUCUUUGUAAAUAAGAAACUUUAAAAUGUAAAAUGUUUAAUGAAUGAAUACAUUCUUAAAGGUAACCUUUGCUUUAAAAUAUAUACACACAAACACAAAGCCUCUACCUCCUGCCCAACCCCCAGCUACACAUAUCAAAUCCACCCCCCUAGCUACAUAUUCAAACUCUUUACAAUUCAAAUUAUUCUCCUUGUAAUUGAAGCCUUAGUUCCAUAGUGCCCAACAUGUUUCUCACCACUUUCUUCUUGGUCAAAAAUUUUAAAUGCGCGCACACACACACACACACACACACACAAAGUUUAAAGGCAUAAUAUGCCUUAGUCACUUAAUUACUGCCUACUUCCAUGUGUAAAAAAUAUUAUAAUGUUGUAAACCAGAAACUAAUAUAAUGUAUGUCAAUUAUAUAUCAAUAAAAUAAAUAAACAAACAAGUAAACAAAAAAACAAAAAGUCAUUGCCAGGAAGAUAAAUUCAUAGGUGCCUAGUGUAUAGCAGAUACUUAAUAUUUGUUGAAUGAAUGAAUAUAGAUGCAUUAGCAAAAAUAAAGAAAAUAUUGUAAAUCUGAAAUUGAUAUUAAUAAAUACUAUGCAUUACUUUCUACUCACUGGUCUAAACUCUUCACAGUGAUACCAAUUAAAAGAACAUAUUUUACUUUCAA